UUCUCCUUCUAUAAAAUGAAUCAAGGCAAUGGUAUUUUUCAUCAUUCAUAACUAUCAUUCAGAGAGAGCGCUAAAUCAGAACUUACAAAAUCUGUUCUCUUUCUUUGUACUUCUAGCUUUUUUAAUUAAAUAUUUUUCAGAAAAUGGUAAUGAACACAAAGACGCUAAUCAAGAUGGUCAAGAAAUGGCAACAAAGAGCAGCCCUCCACAGGAAAAGGAUCUCAUUUCAGAGGUCGACUUCUACUGGUAGCAGCUCAACGUCAGUAGAGAAGGGUUGCUUCGUGGUUUAUACGGUGGACAAAGCCCGCUUUGCUUUUCCAAUAAGUUACCUGAGCAACUCUGUUUUCCAAGAACUCUUGAAAAUCUCUGAAGAAGAGUUCGGCCUACCCACAGAAGGACCAAUCACAUUGCCAUUUGAUUCUGUUUUCUUGGAGUAUCUUAUCAAAUUGGUCCAGCGACGAAUGGAUGAAGAUACAGAAAAGGCUUUGCUAAUGUCAAUCUCUAAUGCUAGAUGUUCUUGGCAAUGCUCUUUGCAAUUACAAGAUCAAAGUAGUAGUCAACAUUUGCUUGUAUUUUAAAGUGUAGCAGUUUCUGUAUUAGAUAGACACAGAAAUACAAAUGAUUAUCUUCAUCUCUUCUCAUCAAAA